GGAAGGAUUCAUUUAGGGAAAGUAGUCCGUCCCAUAACUUCGGUACGGAAAAGUUUGCAGAUCUUUGCAGAAGGCAGCAGGAGUUGUAGCCGGGGCUUGGGGUGCCUUCCAGUGUAUGUUGCCGCAUCUUCUCCUCUCCCUUGGCAUUCAGCAUAAUAUGUCAAGUCCUCAGUCUUUUCCUUGUAGCUGGAGCCGGUGUUAAGUCAUCUCAGGGGGUGCUUGAAGAAUGAAGUUGGGGCAUUUGCAGAGUUUGCCCAGACUGGCUGUCCUAGCUUUGCUGCUGGUGCACUGGGUACAGAAUGCAGGAUCUGCGACGUGUCAAGGUUGUUCAUCGGGAUCAAAAUGUGACUGCAGUGGUGUGAAAGGAGACAAGGGUGAAAGGGGUCUUCCUGGAUUAGAAGGACAGAUUGGUUUACCUGGAUUCCCAGGACCUGAAGGACCUCCUGGGCCUCGAGGUUCUAAGGGUGAUGAUGGAUCAUCAGGACCUGUUGGACCCAAAGGAAUAAGAGGACCACCAGGAAUUCCAGGAUUUCCAGGAGCACCUGGAUUGCCUGGCCUUCCUGGCCAAGAUGGAGCCCCUGGACCUGCUGGUAUACCUGGAUGCAAUGGGACAAAGGGAGAUCGUGGUUUUUCAGGAAGUCCAGGUUUUCCAGGAGGACCAGGUCCACAGGGUCCUCCUGGAUUGCCAGGUUUAAAGGGGGAGCCAGGAGAAAUCCUUUCUAUAUCACAGCUUGGACAAAAAGGUGAUCCUGGACUACCAGGUCUCCCAGGUUUACCCGGUCUGCUUGGUCCACCAGGAAUACAGGGUCCGAUUGGGCGCCCUGGACCCGCAGGUUUACCGGGACCUCCCGGAACACCUGGAAUUCCAGGGCCCAAGGGUAACAUGGGAUUAAAUUUCCAAGGAUCAAAAGGACAAAAGGGAGACCCAGGGCUGCAGGGACCGCCUGGACCACCUGGGCAGUCAGAGGAACAGAAGGAAACAGGAGACACUCAGGUCCAGAAAGGAGAAAAGGGCUCGAAAGGUGAACAAGGUUUUUCUGGCCAGCCGGGUCUUCCGGGUCCUCCGGGUCCUGCUGGAGGUGCUAAGGGACAGAAAGGGGAGUCAGGAGAUCCUGGGAAGAUAGGAAAGCCCGGGAAAGAAGGGAGGAGCGGGAUCUCUGGUGCUGAGGGAAUUCCUGGUGACCGUGGAUUUCCAGGAAGUCCUGGCAGAGAUGGCGAGCAGGGUCAAAAAGGUGAUCGUGGAUUCCCUGGACCUCCCGGAGAAGUGAUUGGAGGAGGCACCUCAGUUACCGUUGGACCAAAAGGAAACUCUGGUCCCCCAGGAUCGAUUGGAUUCAAAGGAGAGCGCGGUUAUCCGGGAUUAGAAGGUCCACCUGGUCUACCCGGACCACCAGGUACUUCUGUAUCUGGACCUCCAGGGGACCCCGGCCUUCCAGGAGAAAGAGGACAGAAGGGAGAUGAUGGCUUUGAAGGAAUAUCCAUACCAGGUUCCCCUGGGCAGGAUGGCCGUCCAGGAUUCCCUGGUCCUCCAGGACCUCCUGGUCCACCAGGAUCAACAGCUGGAGCACUAUGUGAGAAAGGGUCACCUGGCCUUCCGGGCAUUCAAGGCAAUCCAGGACUCCUUGGAGAAAGAGGACAGAAAGGUGAUAAAGGAGAAACCUGUUACAAUUGCAUAGGCAAUGAAAUUCCAGGACAAGGACCUCCCGGCCCCCCCGGGCCUCCUGGGAACCCAGGGUUGCCUGGUUUUCUUGGGCCAAAAGGGGAUUCUGGCCUUCCUGGUAUUUCAGGUUCUCCUGGACAACCAGGAUUUUCUGGUUCUCCCGGCAGCCCUGGCCGUCCCGGGCCCAAAGGUGAUCCUGGUGAUGUGAUUUCACAAAAGGGAGACAAAGGUGACACAGGAUUCCCAGGUCCAGCAGGCAGUCUUGGUCGAGAUGGUAACCCUGGAAGGGAUGGAAGUCCGGGAUUUCCUGGUCCUAAAGGAGAGCCCGGUGGCCUUGCCUUCAAAGGUGAACGUGGCCCACCAGGUGAACCAGGCAUCCCCGGCCUUCCGGGUGAUAGAGGUCCUCUAGGCCCUCCAGGUUUUGGUCCAGCGGGUCCUUCUGGUGAGAAAGGAGUGCAAGGAGUUUCUGGCCGUCCCGGAGCACCUGGAUCUCCAGGUGCUAGAGGAGCUGCUGGUCAAACAGUAACGGAGAAGGGUGUCCAAGGCCCUAAGGGUUCUCAGGGUAAUACAGGUCCACCAGGAUCACCAGGUGAACCUGGUCAGUCUGGACAACCUGGUCUUCCAGGCCUAAGCGGAAUGAAAGGAGAUACAGGAGUCCCGGGCAUUGGACUUCCAGGACCAGCCGGUCCGAAAGGGUUCCCUGGCAACGCUGGACCACCAGGACCACCAGGUACAUCAGGAAAUCCUGGAUUAGAUGGGGUUCCAGGACAACCAGGUUUACCAGGACCAAAGGGUGAUCCUGGAUUUGGGUUACCUGGGUCUCAAGGGCCACCAGGCUCUCCUGGACUGAAAGGAUCAGUAGGACCAAAAGGAGAUUCUGGCUUCCCUGGGUCACCAGGGGUACCUGGACGAGGAGGAUUUGAUGGAUCUUCUGGACCAAAAGGUGACCCUGGACAAAGUGGACUUCCUGGUCAGCCCGGUCUACCUGGAACUCCAGGUACUGGGGGCCAAGGUCCCCCCGGUUCCCCAGGGCUUCCUGGGCCAGCUGGCCCUCCAGGGUUUACAGGUAUACCAGGUGACAAGGGGGAUCCUGGUCUUCCAGGAUUUGAUAUUCCUGGGCCACCAGGAGAUCGUGGUAGUCCUGGAUUUCCUGGAGAACGUGGAUUUACGGGUCCUCCUGGUUCACCUGGAUUCCAAGGGCGUGAUGGAGUACCAGGCUUUAAAGGUUCAAAAGGUGAAAUGGGAAUAAUGGGACCACCAGGACCAGUUGGACCACCUGGUAAUCCAGGAAGCCCUGGUUUCCCUGGUCCUAAAGGUCUUGAUGGAUCUCCCGGACAGCCCGGUUUUAAUGGUAAUCCUGGCCCGAAAGGUGACAAGGGAGAACGUGGCUUAAUGGGGCCCUCAGGAGCUGGCGCUGGUGGUCUAGGCAGUAAAGGAAACAAAGGAGAGCCUGGACAAGAUGGUCCACCUGGGUUAAAUGGAGAGAAAGGCUUCAGUGGUAUAUCUGGUACUCCAGGAUCACCGGGUCAAAGUGGGCUUCCAGGAUCUCCAGGACUACCAGGGCCUAAAGGAGAUUCUGGAUUUUCUGGACAGCCUGGUUCCCCUGGAUCAGCUGGACAAAAAGGGAAUAUGGGCGAGAUGGGACUUCCUGGACCAUCUGGUGAAAAGGGCUCAUCUGGACAAUCAGGGCGUGCUGGAUCACCAGGACCUCCAGGAUUUAGUGGGUCAAAAGGUGAAAAAGGUGAACCAGGAAUUUCUGGCGCUGGACAGCCUGGCCUGCCCGGCCAAAAGGGUGAUCCUGGACCAGCAGGUUUUCCAGGCACCUCAGGCAGUAAAGGGGAGGCAGGAAGCCCUGGAUUGCCCGGAUUACCAGGAGUUCCAGGCCUUAAAGGAGAUGCAGGGAUCCCAGGAUUUUCAGGUUCUCCAGGACUUCCUGGAUCAAAAGGACUCGAUGGACCUCCAGGGAACCCUGGUGGCCCAGGCUCUCCAGGAUCAAGGGGAGAUGCAGGUCGUCCUGGGCCUCCAGGAUCUCCAGGUGAAAAGGGUCAACCAGGCCAAGAUGGAAUUCCUGGGCCUGCUGGUCUUAAAGGAGAACCAGGAUUACCAGGAUUCGGGUCGCCAGGCCUGCCAGGAAAUUCUGGGAGUCCAGGUGCAAAGGGUGAGCCAGGAUUUUCUGGAUCUCCCGGAUCUCCUGGAUUUCCCGGCCCCAAAGGAGACAGUGGUUAUCCUGGGCGUUCAGGUAGCCCAGGACCACCAGGACAACCAGGUCUCCCUGGACAAGCAACACAGGGUCCUAAAGGGAAUCCUGGACCAGCUGGACCUCCUGGACGACUAGGUACACCUGGCCCAGAAGGUCCACGCGGCCCAUCGGGCAAUGGAGGCUUUAAAGGUGACAAAGGAAACGCUGGCAUACCUGGACAACCUGGAUUCCCAGGAGCUAAAGGAGACUCAGGAACACCUGGAUUCCCAGGUGAUCCUGGAAGGCCAGGUCUGAAUGGAAUGAAAGGAGAUCAGGGGGUACCCGGUGUCCCAGGAUUCCCAGGUAUGAAGGGGCUUAGUGGACCUCCUGGUUUGGCAGGCUUUAAAGGGGACCCAGGCAACUCAGGUCUUCCAGGUUCGCCAGGGCUACCUGGGCCCAAGGGUGAGAUCAGGAUCAUACAAGGCCCUCCUGGUUCACCAGGGCGCCCAGGUAACACUGGACCUCCAGGACCACCAGGACCCCCUGGAUCGCUAGGUCCUUUGGGGCCACCUGGUGAUCCUGGCAGAGAUGGGCUGCCAGGGUUUGAGGGUCAGGCAGGACGAAAGGGAGAUAGAGGUCUUCCAGGCCAACCAGGGUCAAGAGGGAACCAAGGUCCCCCAGGUCCUGAUGGAUUGCAGGGUCCUCCUGGUGCUCCCGGCUUGGGGUCUGUGGCACAUGGAUUCCUUAUAACCCGCCACAGCCAGUCAACAGAUUCUCCAGCUUGUCCUCUGGGAACCACCAGGAUCUACGAUGGCUAUUCCCUUCUUUAUGUUCAGGGAAAUGAAAGAGCACAUGGCCAGGAUCUGGGUACUGCAGGCAGCUGUCUUCGCCGAUUCAGCACCAUGCCUUUUAUGUUUUGUAAUAUCAAUAAUGUCUGCAAUUUUGCAUCAAGAAAUGAUUACUCCUACUGGCUAUCCACACCAGAGCCAAUGCCUCCCAACAUGGAGCCACUAAGGGGCAGAGAGAUUCAGCCAUUUAUAAGCCGGUGCUCGGUUUGUGAAGCUCCUGCCAUGGUUAUUGCUAUUCACAGCCAAACCAUACAGAUUCCACCGUGUCCACAAGGCUGGUUUUCUCUUUGGAUUGGAUACUCAUUCAUGAUGCAUACCAGUGCCGGCGCUGAAGGCUCAGGACAAGCCUUGGCAUCUCCUGGAUCAUGCUUGGAGGAAUUCCGCUCCGCUCCUUUCAUUGAAUGUCAUGGCCGUGGUACCUGCAAUUACUAUGCCAAUUCAUAUAGUUUCUGGCUGGCCACCGUGGAAAUGGCUGAAAUGUUUAGUAAACCUCAGUCUGAAACACUCAAAGCCGGUGACUUAAGAACACGUGUCAGUAGAUGCCAAGUAUGUAUGAAGAGGACGUAACAUUUUGGAGAACUGGCUACCUGUGGAAGAAAGCUUAGGUCUGAUUUGUCCUUUGUGACAAUGGUGCUACUGUGUAGAUAAAGCAAGAACCAGAUACUGUUUUAAACAAAUUCAAAUGUACCUCACCAAAGUGCCAUAUUGUGGAUUGUCUGGUGCAUUUUAACGAAUGGACUGAGAAAAAAGAUUAACCUCUUUCAAGAGAGAAACCUGAGUUUUGGCGAGAAACACAUGAAGUUUUUUCCCCAGUACCAAAAUGGCACUUUUUUUUUUUAUCAGCUAUACGAUGAAACGCACUGAGUAUGUUUAAAAUAACAAGGCUGCAGUUUUGAGAAAAACACUUUUUCAUGGUGCUACUAACCCCUUCGUAUCCUGGGUUUCAAAAUAUAAAAAUGCUAAGCUUAUUUUUCUUUGUAAGUAAUGAAAUGUGUAUAUUGUGUAAAACACUAUUUUUUUUUUUUCAUUUAUCCAUAAAAUUAUUUAGGAAAAUACAAUUAUAAAAUCACAUUCUCAGUUCACAAAUGUAUAAGAAUAAUAUUCAUAAUAUAUACAACAGUAUUUUCUACGUAUUUUAAGAAGUACAACGUUUAACUCUCGCAUCAGCAUACUACUGAUUCCGUAGCUUGCAUUUUCCCCACUUGUUUCAGUUGGACCUAUUUGGCAAUGUACGUCUGUAGCCAUUAUGCAUUUUGUGUGUGUGUACCAGCCCCAUUCAAUCCCAAACUCAUUUGGAUAUUAUUUUGUUUACGUUUUGUUUUUGUACACUGAACAUGUGAUAUAAUUAGCCAUAUUCUUUAUAACAAUUUAAAUAAACUACACAUAAAAACCAUUCUAAAUCUGCUAGUUUACCUAUCGUAAGAAGCCCUAUCAGGAAUCACCAAAGUAUUUACACAUAUGAAACGUGUCAUGUAUAUUAUUGAAACUAGCGUGAAUGAAAUAAAGAGAGAUUGGCUAUAUCAGUUUAUUUCUGGUCUUCUUGUGAGAGGAAUCCACUCGUCUCAUUCCCAAGGAUACAUAGGGAUACUUUAAUUUCAGAAUGUGCCAGUGGAUGCUGUGGUUUGUAUAGGAGAGAAGCUUUGUUUAAUAGCAAGGAUGGUUUGUGAAAUAAUAAAUGUUGUUACAAUAAUGUCUAACAAAGUGAAAUAAAUUGAUGUAUCUAAACUGAACAACUUUGUUGAAUACAGUAAUUGAAAUAACCAUAUUCUGUAUCUGUACAUCCAUAAGAAUGAUGCAGGCCCAAUUUGCCAUUUGUUUGUAUGUAAAUGUGUGUACAUUAAUGUCCAAGAUUUAGCACUGUGUAUUUUAUUGUUUGUAUGGCUUCUUGUUAGGUCAUACAAAAAUGUGUUUGUUUUAGCUAUAGAAUGUUUUUAUGUUUUCAGUAUUUCAAUUUACAAGUAGCUCUCACUUUGAGGAGAAAAUAUACUGAAGUAUUUAGAGUACUUAGUUACUUCAACAUUCUGACCAACAAUGUUAUUAGGUGAUGAGGUUUUGUAAAUAUGUAUAACCUUUACCAUAGUGAAUUAUUCUGUUAAGCAACUGAUCUAUAAUUUGGAAAUCACAUUCACAAUUCUAAUCUCAAUAAACUGUUAUAGAUAUCACUUA